AUUCAUCCUUCAUCAGAUUCUCCUGCUCUGAAGAUGUCCCAGUCUUCCUCAGUUGAUGAAGGCACUACGUUUGAACAUCUUUGGAGCACCCUGGAGCCUGACAGUACCUAUUUUGACCUCCCCCAGUCUGGUCACUCUGGUCACUCUGGGUGUAGCGAAGUCUCCAACAGCACAGAAGUCACCAUGGAUGUCUUUCAGAUGAGAAGCAUGAAUGAUUCGGUCAUGUCCCAGUUUAAUUUGCUGAAUAACAGCAUGGAUCAGAGCACUGACAGCCGAGCCGCCUCCUCCAGCCCCUACAGCUCGGAGCACGCCUCCAACGUCCCCACGCUCUCGCCUUACUCUCAGCCCAGCUCCACCUUUGACACCAUGUCCCCUGCGCCAGUCAUCCCCUCCAACACCGACUACCCCGGCCCCCACCACUUCGAAGUCACCUUCCAGCAGUCCAGCACAGCCAAGUCCGCCACCUGGACGUAUUCCCCCCUCCUGAAGAAGCUCUAUUGUCAGAUCGCAAAGACGUGCCCCAUCCAGAUCAAAGUCUCAACGCCGCCUCCUCCGGGGACCGUCAUCCGGGCCAUGCCCGUCUACAAAAAGGCAGAGCACGUGACAGAGGUGGUGAAGCGGUGCCCGAACCACGAGCUUGGGCGUGACUUCAACGACGGUCUGUCAGCUCCAGCCAGUCACUUAAUCCGCGUGGAAGGCAACAACCUCUCUCAGUACGUGGAUGAUCCUGUCACCGGGAGGCAGAGCGUGAUGGUUCCUUACGAACCUCCCCAGGUGGGUACCGAAUUCACAACCAUCCUCUACAACUUUAUGUGCAACAGCAGUUGUGUGGGCGGGAUGAACAGGCGGCCCAUCCUCAUCAUCAUCACCCUGGAAACCAGAGACGGGCAGGUUCUGGGACGAAGGUCCUUUGAAGGUCGGAUUUGCGCUUGCCCCGGCAGAGACCGGAAAGCAGACGAGGACCAUUACCGAGAGCAGCAAGCCCUGAAUGAAAGCGCGGCUAAGAAUGGCAACCCCAACAAGCGGACUUUCAAGCAGAGUCCCCAAGGGAUUCCAGCACUAGGAGCGGGUAUUAAGAAACGAAGACACGGGGAAGAGGAAACAUAUUACGUACCAGUUCAUGGCCGAGAGAACUUCGAGAUCCUGAUGAAGAUCAAGGAGAGUCUAGAGCUGGUCGAACUCGUUCCUCAGCAGUUGGUCGACUCGUAUCGUCAACAGCAGCAGCAGCUCCUGCAGCGCCAAACUCACCUUCAGCCCCCUUCCUCAUACGGCCCCGUUCUGUCACCGAUAAACAAGCUCCACACAGGAGGGAUCAACAAACUGCCAUCUGUGAACCAACUGGUGGGGCAGCCACCUCAGCACGGCUCCAGCGCGGGACCAAAUCUCGGACCGAUGGGGCCUGGCAUGCUGAACAGCCACACCAUGCAGUCCAAUGGAGAAAUGAAUGGAGGGCACUCUUCCCAGGCAAUGGUCUCGGGGUCACACUGCACUCCCCCUCCCCCCUACAACCCAGACCCAAGCCUCGUCAGUUUUUUAACAGGACUGGGGUGCUCAAACUGCAUUGACUAUUUCACUUCGCAAGGGUUACAGACUAUUUACCACCUGCAGAACUUGACCAUGGAGGAUCUCGGAGCACUGAAGAUCCCGGAGCAAUACCGGAUGAUUAUCUGGAGGGGCCUGCAGGAACUGAAACAGGGCCACGACUACGGAGCCCAGCAGCUGAUCCGCUCCAGCAGCAACGCCUCCACCAUCUCCAUCGGCACGUCCGGGGAGCUGCAAAGACAACGUGUCAUGGAAGCUGUGCAUUUCCGGGUGCGCCAUACGAUCACCAUCCCCAACCGCAGCGGAGCUGACGAAUGGGCGGACUUUGGCUUUGACCUGCCAGAUUGCAAAUCCCGCAAACAGUCCAUCAAAGAGGAGUUCACAGAGGGGGAAAUUAACUGAAGGGUCUCCCAGUUCAUUUGGGAGCUGCCAAACGAGGACAAAAAAAGUUAAGAGGAUCUGAAAGGUGCUUGGAAUUAAAAGCUGGGUGGGGGGGAAACAAGCCUUGGGGAACCACAGAAAGUAUUUUCUUUUUCAGAGCUCAAGUGGCAGAAUGCCACUGUUGUGCUGUGGAAAUCCACUGCUGUGUAUCUUCCCGGGCGAAGUGGGUCAUGUUCUUUUCAUGCCAUCAAAACUUCUAAUGGAAGCAGGUGGCAGCAACUGGCUGGGAAUGUUCAGCAGCGAAACCUGAGCAUGGUUAAAACUGAGCAAAUUUUCUGCAGAACGCCCCUGCCAAAUUCACACUGCAGUGUGAAAGGCUGGUUUGUUUUGUUGGUCAUGGCAGGCCCGAGCUCCUUCCCUUCCCCUCUUCACUUUUGAUGAAAGUGGACUUGCCCUCUUUCUAGAAGCCCUCGAGGGGGACGUCUCCCCAGCCAAACGGUACCAAACAACUUUAACGAGACUUCUCUUCCAAACGGACUGCCAAAAAUUAAGAGUGUUUGCAUUCUUCAGAGCUUUUGCAGAAGGAGAUAGCAGCUCCUAGAAUCUGACAAUUCCCGAUGACAUUCGUAGUAGCUAGAUGAAAACCUUUGUGACGCAAGAAGAGUUUCACCGGACCCGUUGUAUAUAUGGUAUAUGCGCUAUGUUGUUGUAAAGUUUUAUUUGCCAUGUAAGCUAUUAUCGAAAGUACACAGACAGAUGGGAGGAGGCAGAGAUUUCCCAUUCUCUUCCUAGCCUACAAAAAAAGACAUCUUUUUUUUUUUUUUGUA